ACAGGACGUUUCAGUAUAUUCCUAUUCUACAGUCUUUGCAAAAUCUGCUCAGUCAUAAAGAAAUCCAUAAAUAUCUUGACAUUCAGACAACUGAAGAUCAUCAUUUGACUGGUCCCCAGUAUUAUAAAACCAUAAGAGAUGGUGAGUACUGGAAGCAAAACCAGUUUCUUUUUAGGAGGAGAUUUAAGAAUUGCCAUAAAUCUUUAUGUUGACGAUUUUGAGGUAUGUAACCCACUUGGGACAUCUCGGAAGAAGCACAAACUCUGUGGUGUGUAUUGGGUUUUGGGUAAUUUGCCACCAGGUUCCCAUUCAACUUUAUCCUCCAUCUAUCUAGCUGUUCUUUGAAAAUCUGAUGAUGUCAAGACCUAUGGCUAUAAAAAAGUCUUGGACCCCCUUUUGCAAGACGUAAAAGUAUUAGAACAGCAUGGUGUCUCUUUAUUUCUCAGCUUGGUCAGUUUGUUAAAGGAACUGUCCAGUGUGUAAUAGAGGACAACCUUGGAGCCCACUCAGUAGGUGGAUUUGUUGAGAGUUUUUCUGGAGGUUCAAUAUGCAGAUUUUGUACAGCUCAGAAGUCAGAAUUUCAGACUAAGGAUGUCUGGUCUGGUGCUUUCCAACUUAGAACCAAAGAAAUCCAUGAUGCUCAUGUACAGACAGCGCAGGAGAAUGCAACUGUCUGCUGUGGUGUCAAAAAACAAUGUGUUUUAACUGAGCACCUUUCACAUUUUGAUGUCUGUACUGGCUAUCCUCCAGAUAUUGUGCAUGAUCUCUUCGAGGGUGUUGAUCCAGUUGAACUGGCACAUUGCAUUAGUUUGUUGAUCUCCAAAAAGUAUUUUACUGUUGACAUCCUCAACGCAUUGAUCUGGUCAUUUCCAUACAAAUGUUGGGACAAAACGAAUCGCCCACAACCGAUACCACGCUCUUUCACACUCCGCAAAACUAUAGGUGGCAAUGCACAUGAAAAUUGGACCCUGCUAAAAUUGCUUCCUUUCAUCAUUGGGCCAAUGGUGCCAGAAGAUGAGCCAGCCUGGCAGGUCAUCUUAGAUCUUAAAGACAUCGUCAAACUGGUUGUAGCCCCUGUUCACACAGAUGAGACCAUUGCAUAUCUUGAGGCCAAGAUUUAUGAACACAAACAGCGCUAUCUUGAAGUCUUUCCUCAUGUCACGCUAAAACCGAAACAUCACUAUUUAGAGCACUAUCCACAAAUGAUCCGUUGCUUCGGGCCUCUUAUUGGACUGUGGACAAUGAGAUUUGAGGCUAAACAUAGCUUCUUCAAGCAGGUCGCCCGUCAUACUAAUUGUUUUAAAAAUAUAGCUCGUUCAUUAGCUAUCAAACACCAGUUCAUGUUAGCCUAUAGCACACACUCCUUGAGUAUCAAGAAGUCAUCCUUGGAGGUCACUGAUGUCUCAGUUAUGCCUGCUGAUGUCCUUAAUGAGAAAGUAGCGUGUACAGUCAAUCAAAGAUACCCAAAUGUGACACAGGUUCAUCUGGCAAAAAAUGUGUCUUGCAGUGGUAUACAUUACAGUGAGGGCAUGCUUAGUGCAUGGAUCUGUAGAUGGACUGCCUAAAUUCAACGAAAUCCUUAAACUAUGUAUUCUUAAGGAUAAAUUGUGUUUCCUUGUGAAACCUUUAUGUGAUUGGUAUAGGGAGCAUUAUAGAGGGUUUGAGUUGACUGUCUUAGCCACUAAUCAGCUUGACUUGAUUGAGCUUUGUGAUUUAAAAGACCCAAACCCCCUUGUGGAAUACAUGGUUGGAGGUUUACGUAUGGUGACCUUGAGAAGAUUCAUCAUUAUUGAAGAUUAAAGGUGUUCCAUUAUGGAGGGUCCUGGUGUUGCUGUACGGAUUAUCUUUGUUGAUGAGACUGACUCCAGGAAACUUUCCCUGAUGUCUGGAAUUCCAGGCACUGUGGAAGAACUUCAUGCUUUGAUAAAGAAAUGCUUUCAGGUGAAAGAGGAUUUCCGGUUGCAAUACUUUGAUACUGACUUCAAAGAGUUCAUGAACUUAACUUGUGUUUCUCAAAUUGAACACAAAAGCACGCUAAAGGUAAUUUACUUGCCUGCCUCGUCACUUGUGGAGCCCCACAUCGAUGAACCCUUCAUCACAUUAUACCCAGUGAAUCCAUUUGAUGAGACAAGCACUUGUUCAGAACCACAAACCUCAUCAAUUGACUCGUCCUGUGAUGAUAGACAGUAUGCAUCUGCUCCUCACUCAUCUACAUCUACAGAAACACCUUCAGGUUUGUCCCCAUGGCCCAAAGUUUUUGUGGUCCCCAAGUUUACUUUUAUGAGGCAGAGUUUGAGCUAAGCUUUAAGAAUGCAGCGUUUGAGACCAACGGGACAUACUUUAAUCCUGGCCCAAAGCUGAAAGGAAUCGUUCUUAAUGCACUAGCCCAAGAAAUGGUAAAAUACACAAAAUAUCCCAAAGACUACCAAUGUGAGGAGGUAGCAGCAGCUUUAACUAGGGCCCAUCCUUGUUUGGGGCAGCUGGGUUCCAAGACAGGAUUUUGGGGAUGGAAGCAGUCACUUAAGUACAAGAUGCAAAAUUAUCGCACAAAGCUUUGCAGGCUCGGGCAUCCAGAAGUCUGUGUAAAUUCGUUGCGGAAUAAACGCAAAGGACAAGGCAAACCUGCUGCCAACAUCAAGAAACCAAAAAAGGCUGAGGUCAAUUACAUUCCUUUGCAUCCAAAAGGUGAAUCCACAGAAAGAUUGGAGCAGGAGAGAAUAGCUUUGUUGACAGAAGUGAAAAAGCGUGACAAUGAAGUAGUCAUAAAAGCAAAAAUGGAAAAAACGUUCUCCUACAGGCGUCAGCAGAUUGUAGAGCAAAGGCCCAUGAUAGAGGAGUUCAAGAAUCAAUGGCCUGCUCUUUUUCAGCAGAGUGAAGUGAAUGCUGAGUUUAUGCGGAUCACUACUAAGCCACUGCAAUCAACAUUCCUAUCAGAGCUGGACCGCUUUUCAGACAAACUGAUGCAGAUCUUACAGAGCAGAGGAGGAGUUAAAGGGCAGAAGAUCAAAAAUGCCAUGAUGAUCACAGACUCUUGUGACAACAUUAACAUCAAGAGAGAGUGCAUCCUGAAAGUCCUUAUUCUCUACCUCAAUGAAGAUCCAGACUCUUUCUUUAAGGAUUAUGUGGCCUCAGCCAUUGAGGAUGCAGAAAAGGGCAUUGCAAACACUGUCAUGGGGAUUUACACAAUCCGAGGAGACGGUUCUACAAAACGAGAUGUAGGAAUUGUGAUCGAGGGCAUCAAGGUUAUGAGUAACCUAGACUGUGUGAUUUUGGCAUUCAUCAUGCUGAACGGUCUAAUUUAUGCCCUUGACCUAAGCUUUCCUGACAACCUCAAGAACACCUUUGAGUUUAUCCAGAAAAUCCUAAUGAACUUUGAUGGACAUAAGAUGACCACAAAGAUCCAGCAGCUUAAAAUUAAGCUGUUUGAACGACAUAAAGUUUAA